UAUCGUAGGGUAUAUCGUGAAAAUGAAGAAACACAACUUGUUUUAGUUAUGCCUAAGUAUGCCCGCCUACGUGGAAAAUGACAAUUUAAAUACUGGACCGGCGGUAAAAGUUGUGCAGAGGAUUCCUAUCUUUUGAGAAAGGAUAAACACAAAGCAGUAUGGGAGUAUUUGAAGAUCUAUUUUAUCCAGAUAAUCCAAAGAGGAGGGCUAAGCUGGAACAGAAUAUAGGCGCUCUCUAUAAUAAUCUUACCAUAGAUGUAAAGGCAACUAAUGACCUUGUUGAUAUCAUCAAUACUCAUUUACACCAAAAUAUCACACAUGUGGAAAUCAACAACAACGACACGAUCAAAGCAAACGCCCAGCGUAUCGUUGACUGCGUCAACGCCAUAAACAAGGUCAUCAAAGAAAAAGUUGAAGAGAUAAAAACCAAGCUUGAUCCCGAAAUAUUUAAAAAGCUAAUGGAUGUUACAGUUUCAUUUGAAGACAAGAUCAAAAUUGCUGAAGACGUAGAAGAGUCUCUUAUCUCCAUUGGAGGCGUGGUUGGAUUACUGUCUUCAACAACAAUUGCGGGGAUGGAUUUCCUAGAAAAUGUCGUUGAAGUGGUCGGUGAGACAGCAACCUCCGCCUUUGCUGCAAUAGGAGUUGGAGUCUUGCUCUUUGGAAUUGAAUUGAUAGCUGAGGCAAUAAUUGGAGCCAUCGAAAGAGCUAAAUUGAUUGAAGAGAUCGACAUAACAGAGAAAUGUGUCGAGAGCAUGCAGAAAAUGACGGCGCCCUAUAUAGAAAAUGUUGAAGAAAUUAAAGUUAGAAUUGAGAUGAUCCCAUCAAAAUAGAGCAAUUUGGAUAUUUUUGGAAGAAAUUUACACUUUCUGAACACAAUCAAGAAACGUAACUUUUCAGACUUUCCUAACAUGUAAAACUAUACCAAUGCUUUUUGUUUAUUUAGUAAAAAAUUUAAAUCAAACUGAGAAAACAAUGAAUAAUAUUAUAUCUUUUUCAACUAACCGAACAAUUGUUUUAUCUUAUUAAAUGAUAAACUGUAUGGAAUAUAUACAAGGUACACAAAUAGAGUGUACGUUCUCUUAAUUACUGUCAUAAUAGCGUGUCCAGUUCGCAAUGUUAUUUCAAUCAUGGUCAUUAACAAAACCUGUUACAAUUCUGUAUUAAUGAUGUACCUAUAUCUAGAAUAAACAGUCUAAAAAGCA